AUGUACAUGACCAAACUUGCGACUUCAAUUGCUCAGGCCUUUCCACUUCUGUGGCGAGAAGUAUCUCUCAGGUACUUGGGUGAAGUUCAACAACAACGACGGAUAUGUCAGCGAGGACCUGAGCAAACACAGCGCCGUGGCACAGGCAUUCUCGCACUUCACAUUCGAGAGGUUGUCGACCUGCAAGGCGUUUGCGAGGAAAGGAAUUCCGAAUUGGUUUUCAGGCUGACGGAUCCCCAAGUGCACAGCAGCAGGAAGUGGAAGCGGCAAAGUGAAAGCUUCCCCGAGAGAUUCGGGAAGGGCGACUUUGGCGAAGAUGGCUUUUCAGCGUUCUUCCAGAACUAUGUCUACAACAAGUUGAGCAAGGACUUGGGCCUUCGAGACGAACUCGAUGUUCGAGAGCCAACUGAAACUGCCUACAUCCCUGCCGUUCGAGAGUACUUCGAAGAGUUCAAGACUUGGCUCAGCCACGCGAGGGAGCAGUUGGAAUGGGACUUGAACGAGUACUGCGGCCCGCAAGAGUUCUAUGACAAUGCCUAUUGGUUCCCAGUGAAAAUCUGGGCAAAGAAGACCAAUGCGCAGAAAGCUCUACAAGACAUCCAGGACAAGGUUGAGGCAGUGCUGGCAAAAAGGUUGAGAAAGCUGCCAGUC